CCAGGGACUGUUGUGACGCCUCUUGUACUGAGAUUAGUCUGGACAAUAGAACGAGUCAAAAUUCACCCAAGGCUGAAAAUGGCAAAAGAACGUUGGCUAAGCUGGAACACUUGCGCAAGCCCAUAGCAAAUGAAUGGAAUGGAAUGUUCACAGAGGCUGUUUUGACUGAAGUGAUGCUUAGAAUUCCAUUUUGCCUAAAUGGCACACAAAAAAUUAUCCCUUUUUAUUUUACCACUUAAAUCUAAGGUCUCCAUUGCCAACAAUAGCAAAGCAGGCAUUGUGACAGUACAAUAAACUGGGAUUAGGACGAAACUGAUUCAAGAGAGGAGAUUCAGCCUUACAUAAUUCGAGAGAGGAGAUUCUCAUGAUUAAAAUGGUGUCUGAAUUGGGAAAAAAUCUAAAUAUACACAUUCCGAGAUAUUUGGCGAAAUAUACCAGCAUGCUUCUCCAUAGGAAAACAAUGGGGGGAGCUUGGCGUUCCAAGGGCAAAAGGUAUUUCGGGGAUAGCGUUUAAUGACAACGAGAUACACUGCCCAGCCUUACAUAAUUAGAAAGAGGAGAUUCUCAUGAUUAAAAUGGUGUCCAAUUUAAAAAAAUAUCUAAAUAAACACAUUGCGAGAUAUUUGGCAAAAUAGACAGACAUACUUAUAUUUCCCUAUAGUAAACAAUGGGACGACCUCAGAGUUCCAUGAGUUUUUUUGUUGUUGUUUACAUUUGAACUAUAAACAAUGUGCGCAGGUCUCUAUUGCCAACAAUAGCAAAGCAGGCAUUGUGACAGUACAAUAAACUGGGAUUAGGACGUUCGGAAGGCGAGUUGGUGCCACGGUGUACAAUAGAACUAAUAGGAGCUGGCAGGGUGAACAAUGCCCGAAAAUAAGGCCUAUUUUAUCGUGAUUACUUUAAAACUACGGCAGGCAGCUGGGAUAUAUGGUAAUAUUAUGAAAUUGGGCUCCACCGCAGAUGCAAUUAACUCGUUUCUAUUAGAAAAAAGCAUUGUUAAAAAUGUCAUGUGUCCAGCCUACUGAGAUGCAGUGCCUUAGACCGCUGCGCUACUCGGGAGACACUCCGAUAUGAAUGAUAUUAAUGUUGUGAAAUAUGACCUUUAAAACAGCAGGAAGUGAUCUUAACCACUGUCUGUCCCGCCCACAGGAAGUGUGCCACUGCUUGGAGACGCUGGGGUCUCGUUCACAGUGCUUUGAUGUGCUGCAGAACGGCAUCUGCAAGAACCUGGUGAGAUGGUGUACUUGUGUGUACUCAUUACUGUGUGUGUGUGUGUGUAACUGUGUCUCUCCCUCCCAGACUGGUCUGGCUGUGGUACCAGACAGUAUGGCAGCAGGGUUGUUGAGAGCGGUGGCCAGACUGUUGGACCUGUCCUUCCUCCCCAGUGAACCUCUGCUGAGGUUCCUGUCCCGCUGCUGCCUCAGCCUACUGUCUCUGCUACUGACCCUACAGCAGGACACCGCCUCAGAGAACAACCACAAGAGGGAGGCGGUGUGGGGAGCGUGUGUGGCAGCGCUGAGCAGCAUUCCCCGGCUGUUGCGGUUGGUUCUGCAGUCGUUGCGAGUUAGGGACCUGUGUGAGGAGGAGCUGCCUCAGCUGGCCCAGAUACUGUCCCUGCUGCUGCAGCACACAGCGCUACGCAACCACAUGCUGGCUAACGCAACUCUACUACAACACAUUAUACAGGACCUCACGAGGUACUGUCGAGGUGAGUCCAAGGAGCAGUGGAUGACUGACCUGCUGUACUGCUACAGCGUAACCAUGGCGACUCACCGGGGAAACCUGGGGCUCCGAGACAUCUACUGACCUAGGCCCCAAACCAACCAGACCCUUCUGUACUCUGUCUAACCCACAUGUCAAACUUAUUCCACGGAGGUCAUAGUGUCUGAGGGCUUUCGCUCCACCCUUGUACUUGAUGGAUGAAUUAAGGUCACUAAUGAGUAAGGAACUCCCAUCACCUGAUUGUCUUAAUUGAAAGGAAAAAACAAUAACCUGCAGACACUCGGUCGUCCGUGGAAUGAGUUUGACACCCCUGGUCUAACCCAACAUCCUGUCUUCCCCAUCGGUCUCUGGCCUCCUCAUUCAGCUUUUAUUCCUGGCCCAAAACCAACUGUCUUCUUCAUAUUGCUAAAUAUUGUGGCUGCCACUAGUCCUGGAGAGAUAAAAGGAUGUGCAGGCUUUAGUUACAGUGCAGCACUAACAUACUUGUUUAACUAAUCACCUGAAUCAGUGCUGGGUUGGAACUAAUGCCUGCACACACUGCAUCUCCAAGACCAGGAUUGAAUUAAAGGAUUUCUCAACUGAUUACUGUUUUUAUUACAAAAAGAGAAAAUAAAGCUGGAGUCA